AUGGACAAGAGCAUUGUCUCCAACAAUACUAAAAACACCAUCAACAACAACUCCAACAACAACUCCAACAACAACUCCAACAACAACUCCAACAACUACUCCAACAACUACUCCAACAACAACUCCAACAACAACUCCAACUUGAUCGUCAAUUACCUUCCUGCCUUCAUGAACCAGGACGACAUGAGGUCUCUCUUCGAAAGUGUUGGUCAGCUGGAAAGUUGCAAACUCGUCAGGGACAAAGUGACAGGUUUAAAAAAUCUUCUUUUAACGAUAACAUUUAUUUAG